AUGCGUGAAAUCAUUCACCUCCAGACAGGCCAAUGCGGUAACCAAAUCGGUACUGCCUUCUGGCAAACCAUCUCUGGCGAACACGGCCUCGAUGGCUCCGGUGUUUACAACGGCACCUCGGGCCUCCAGCUUGAGCGCAUGAACGUCUACUUCAACGAGGCCUCUAGCAGUAAGUUCGUUCCCCGUGCCGUCCUUGUCGAUUUAGAGCCUGGCACCAUGGACGCUGUCCGUGCCGGACCGCUCGGACAGCUCUUUCGCCCCGACAACUUCGUUUUCGGUCAAUCUGGUGCUGGCAAUAACUGGGCAAAGGGUCACUACACUGAGGGUGCCGAGUUGGUCGACCAGGUCCUUGAUGUCGUCCGCCGCGAGGCUGAGGGCUGCGACUGCAUCCAGGGUUUCCAGAUCACCCAUUCCCUUGGUGGCGGUACUGGUGCUGGUAUGGGUACGCUUCUGAUCUCCAAGAUCCGCGAGGAGUUCCCGGACCGUAUGAUGGCUACCUUCUCGGUUGUGCCUUCCCCUAAGGUCUCAGAUACCGUUGUAGAGCCCUACAACGCCACACUCUCUAUCCACCAGCUUGUUGAGAACUCCGACGAGACCUUCUGCAUUGACAACGAGGCCUUGUACGACAUCUGCACGAGGACUCUCAAGCUGAACAGUCCAUCCUAUGGUGACCUGAACCACCUUGUCUCCGCUGUUAUGUCUGGUAUCACCACCUGCUUGCGUUUCCCUGGCCAGCUCAACUCCGAUCUGAGGAAACUGGCUGUUAACAUGGUUCCCUUCCCUCGUCUCCACUUCUUCAUGGUCGGUUUCGCCCCUUUGACCAGCCGUAGCGCCAAUUCCUUCCGCGCCGUCACAGUCCCCGAGCUCACGCAGCAGAUGUUCGACCCCAAGAACAUGAUGACUGCCUCAGACUUCCGUAACGGCCGUUACCUGACCUGCUCUGCUUACUUCCGCGGUAAAAUCUCCAUGAAGGAGAUUGAGGACCAGAUGCGCAAUAUCCAAAAUAAGAACUCCAUGUACUUCGUUGAGUGGAUUCCCAACAACGUCCAGACCGCUCUCUGCUCGGUCCCGCCGCGAGGCCUUAAGAUGUCCGCUACCUUUGUCGGGAACUCCACCUCCAUCCAAGAACUCUUCAAGCGUGUCGGUGAUCAGUUUACUGCCAUGUUCAGGCGCAAGGCUUUCUUGCAUUGGUAUACUGGCGAGGGUAUGGAUGAAAUGGAAUUCACUGAGGCUGAGUCCAACAUGAACGACUUAGUCUCCGAGUAUCAGCAGUACCAGAAGGCUUCUAUCUCUGAUGCCGAGGACGAGUACGAUGAGGAGGCCCCUCUUGAGGCUGAGGAGUAG